CGGCACCUACGCGGGAGAGAUUCACAGAGCGCCCACAUUCUUAAAACACAGCACACCCCCCGUCACACUUGUUGAGAAUGCUAUUCACAUAUUACUGCUUACAUUCCGCCGUUUACAGCCUUGGUUACAUCCCGUCUCACAAUACUAUAUAUCUGACCACAAGUCCAACUUGAUCGUCUGUCCCCUUGAGCACGAGCUGGCCGGCACCUCUCAUCUCUUUUGGUACCUCGUCACCACAACACUUGUGAUCCUUACCACUGUUAUAGUCAACAUGUUGCAAACGGCCGAACCUCUCCACCAAUCGUCUCUUCAUUAUGCUCCUUCACCCUCUGCACCUAUUUCUACCUCUGCUGCUCCCGUCGUUAAGCCAAACCCCCCAGCCAUGACUACUCCAGACCAUCACCAUAUCUUGAUUGUCACCGGUCCCGCAGGGUGUGGCAAGAGCACCGUUGCUAAGUUCCUCGCCGAGCGCUACUCUUACGUCUACAUCGAGGGAGAUGACUUUCAUCCUCUAUCCAACAUCGAGAAGAUGGCGGCCAAUAUUCCACUGGACGAUGCUGAUCGAUGGGACUGGCUGAUCCUCCUUAGAGACCAAGCGUUGGCUGCUUUGAAGCAGGGGGCUAAUGGCGUCGUCGUUACCUGCAGCGCCCUCAAGAAAAAGUACCGAGAUGUUAUUCGAACCGCCCGACUAUACGACGAAGACCCGAAUGCUUCUGUGCACUUCAUCUACCUACGCGCUAGCCGAGAGGUUUUGCUUGCCCGAGUCGGAGGUAGGCAAGGUCACUACAUGAAGGACACCAUGGUCACUAGCCAACUCGCAGCUCUUGAAGAACCAGACAAGCAGGAGGUCGAGCGACUGAAGGAUGUAAAGAUCGUCGAUGUAAGCGGCAGCCCACUUGAGGUCGAAAAACUCGCCAUUGCCGCGGCAGACCAGAUUAUGGCCGACUCCUCAUCAGCGGCCACUCGGUGACCCGAGUUCCAGAUGAAAUUUUCCAUUGUUUCUUUUUCUUUCCAGAACCUGCUUUCCCCUGGGCCUAUCUCCUAGCGUUGAGCAUCGAAGGCGUCAUGCGUGGGCAUUGGGAUGGGAUAUUAAAAAUAAUGGCGCAAAACUAUGAUUGAUUAAUAUGUUAUACCCUAGCGACAGGGGUAUUGGGCUGUAUUUGGAUACGAUGUGGCGAGUGCGGGUUAGAUUACGCCGAGUGCCUCUUUUGCAGAAUACCAAUAUCGAC